AUGUGAACAACUUUCAUUCUCCUUAGUUGCGGCAUUCCCAACCGGAAAACAUGCCUUCACACAAGACUUUCAGGAUCAAGAAGAAGUUGGCCAAGAAGAUGAGGCAGAAUAGGCCCAUCCCUUACUGGAUCCGUAUGCGCACUGAUAACAGCAUCAGGUACAAUGCUAAGCGUAGGCAUUGGCGCCGCACCAAGUUAGGGUUCUAAGCCCCAUGAGCUUAUUUGGUUCAAGCUUUUUGUUUCCUUUUUCUCUCAAUUGUCUCAAUAGGCCUCAGGU